AUGGCAACUGCGCAAGCUGCCUACGCCGCCGAGAAGGCCGUGGGCCACCAGGAGGGUGGCAUCACAAGACAGGAUGUCUCUGACUACACCGAGACGGGCGAUCCCAGCCGGACCAUGAAGGCGUUGGUUUGGAUGGGAAAGAACAAGGUCGAGAUUGCGGACAUGCCCAGGCCCAAAAUCAUCGAGCCCAAGGAUGUCAUCCUCAAGGUCACAGGCAGCACCGUCUGCGGCUCGGAUCUCCAUCUCCUGCACGGCAGCGUGAUCCAGAUGAACAAGAACGACAUCUUGGGUCACGAGUUCUGCGGCAUCGUGGAUGAGGUUGGUCCCGAGGUCACCAAGUGCAAGCCCGGGAAGCGCUACGUUGCUUCUUUCCAGAUUGCGUGUGGAGAGUGCUUUUUCUGCAAGCAAAAGUUGUCUUCGCAGUGCGAGCGCACAAACGACAACACCAUUGCCAAGGCUAUGUACGGCAACCAGACGGCCGGCAUGUUUGGCUACAGUCACUUCACCGGCGGCUUCGCUGGAGGCCAGGCCGAAUAUGUGCGCGUGCCCUUUGGAGACGUGAACUUGCUUGAGAUUCCUGACGACGUUCCGGAUGAGAAAGCCCUAUACCUGUCCGAUGUCCUCCCCACAUCAUACAACGCAGUCAAGGACACCGCAGUCUACCCGGGCGACACCGUCGCCGUGUUUGGAGCCGGCCCCAUCGGCCAGAUGGCCGGCUACUGGGCGCUGCUCGAGGGAGCCGAGAAGGUGAUUUUUGUCGACACGGAGCCCCGGUUGUCAUACAUCCAGGAGCGGUUCAACGCCGAACAAAAGGCCAAGACCACGUGCAUCGACUACAAGAAGCUGUCAUCGGGCAUCACCAACAAGGAAACAGUCGUGUCCAAGCUCAAGGAGAUGUGCGGCGGAAGGGGCCCCGACUGCGCCAUCGAGUGCGCGGCGGGCGAGUACGCCAAGGGCUGGGCGCACUGGCUCGAGAUGACGCUGGGUGCGGAGACGGACACGAGCGAGAUCCUCAACGAGAUGAUUGAGGGAGUGAGGAACUAUGGUAGAGUUGGUGUUACCGGCGUCUACGUUGGAUACACCAACCACUUCAACAUCGGCUCACUGAUGCAACGGGGUGUUCGCCUGAUCGGAAACGGACAGGCGCCCGUGCACAAGUACUGGGAGGAGCUGCUGGCCAGGAUCCAGUCCAACGACUUUGACCCCCUGCAGAUGCUCUCGCACCGCGUCAGGCUUGAGGAUCUCGACAAGGUCUACUACAAGUUUGAGAAGAGGGAGGAUUCGAUGCAAAAGAUCUUUGUCGAGACCAAGUUCUCGCUGCCCAGGGCCACCGGAACACCUGAACUCACUACGUACUGA